AUGGUCAGUACAAGCACCUUAGUCUCUCUGCUCCAGCUUUUCAGCACUCUUGCUCCUGGAGGAGCUUUCUCUCAGGAUCUGCUGUACCCUUUUGGGCCAGCCUAUAGGGACUUAGAAACCCCAAAGAUGGAUGAUGGCAGUUCAUCAGAAGUUCCUUUACAAAUGCCAUUUGUCUUCUUUAACAUCCCCUACCGCACCAUAUAUGUUAACAACAAUGGAGUGAUCUCCUUCAGUGUUCAGGUGAGCCAGUUCACUCCUGAGGCUUUCCCCCUCAGUGACAGCCGGUCCUUUAUUGCUCCCUUAUGGGCGGAUGUGCACAACGGUAUCCGUGGGGAUGUGUAUUACCGCGAGUCCACGGACCCGGAGAUCCUUGAGAGAGCUACUCAGGAUGUCAGGAAGUAUUUUAAAAGCAUGGCUUCCUUCACCGCCACCUGGGUCUUCAUUGCCACCUGGAACCAAGUCACCUUCUAUGGAGGCAGCCAGACAACACCGGUGAAUACCUUCCAGUCAGUGUUAAUCUCAGAUGGCGCAACAUAUUUUGCCAUGUUUAACUAUGGGGAAAUCACAUGGAGUACAGGGACUGCGAGUGGGGGUGAUCCUCUUACUGGCCUGGGAGGAACCACUGCACAGUCAGGUUUUAAUGGUGGAGAUGUCAGUCACUUCUUCAACCUCCCUGGCUCCCGCUCAAAUGAAGUGGUGAACAUUGAGGAGACCACAAAUGUGAACGUGCCUGGCCGUUGGUUCUUCCGCGUUGACAUGGACCAGAUAGACCCAGCCAAUGGCUGCAGCUAUAAUGGACGAUUUUAUCGACGUGGGGAGGUAUACUGGCUGUCAGACAAAUGUUCUCAGCGCUGCAGAUGUCUGGAUCUAGACAACGAGGUCAUCUGCCAUGAGGCUCCAUGUGGCCAGCUGGAGACGUGUGAGCAGCUGGAGGGGGCCUACUACUGCCAGCCCACAAGGACCAGCACUUGUGUGGUUUUUGGAGACCCCCACUACCACACCUUUGAUGGCUUGCUCUACCAUUUCCAAGGUACGUGUUCUUACCUGUUGGCUCGUCCAUGCUGGGAGGUACCUGGUCUUCCAUUCUUCAGCAUUGAGGCAAAGAAUGAAAACCGAGGAAUGACUUCUGUGUCCUGGCUGAGAGAUGUGACUGUGGAAGUCUAUGGUCAUCGAGUCACCCUGCCCAAAGGGACCAUGGGCACUGUACAGGUUGACAGCCUCUUGAAGACUCUGCCUGUCCAGCUUCAGCUUGGUGCUGUCAAAGUGUACCAGUCUGGUGUUGCAGUUGCCUUGGAAACUGACUUUGGUCUCUUGGUAACCUAUGAUGGGCAGCACUAUGCUUCCAUCUCCCUUCCCAGUUCAUACUUCAAUAAUACGUGUGGCUUGUGUGGUAACUAUAAUGACGACCCUGCUGAUGAUCCCGUUUUGCCGGAUGGUUCGCUAGCAGAGAGUGUUGUUGAACUGGGUGGAAGCUGGCGAGCAGAACACACUGAUUUUCGCUGUACUGAUGGUUGCGCCCAGAACUGCAGUUUAUGUGAGCCAGCUGCUGAAGCAUUCUACUUUCGACCAGAUUACUGUGGACUCAUUAACAAGACUGAUGGUCCCUUCAGAGAUUGUCGGGCCAUAGUAGACCCCACUGCAUUUGUCUACAGCUGUGUGUAUGAUAUGUGCAGCAAUCGGGAUAACAUUACAACUCUCUGCCAGGCUAUACAGGCAUAUGCUCUAGCAUGCCAGGCACUGGGUGUUACCAUCAGACCCUGGAGAUCCCGUACCUUCUGCACUUUGACCUGCCCUGAGAACAGCCACUACCAGGUGUGCACCAGUGCUUGCCCUGCUUCCUGCUCGGAUCUGACCUCCUACUUGUACUGCACACAUCCAUGCACGGAAGGCUGCCAAUGCGACCAGGGCUUCGUGCUUAGUGGCAGCCGGUGUGUGCGUCACUCUGAGUGUGGCUGUGAGUGCGAUGGCCUCUACUAUGCUCUCAAUGAGACCUUCUGGGCAGGAGAGGGGGGAGAGGUGGGCAGUGAAUGUUCUCAGCGCUGCGUGUGCGGCCUGUCAGGCGAGGUCAGCUGCUUUAAUGACUCUUGCCGAGAGGGUGAAGUGUGCACAUCGGAAGUGGGAUUGCUGGGCUGCUACCCUCGUAGAGAGGGCUUGUGCUCAUUAUCUCAAACAUAUGUCUUGGCUACGUUUGACGGUUCAUCCAUGCCAUUCCCGGACGAGAGCUCUUUCUACUUGGUGAAGACAUUGGGGCGUGUGCCUGCUAACAUGUCAGCAGUGGAAGUGAAGAUUGGCAGGAAGCUGGUAAAUAAGGGUCCCACCUGGAAGAGGCCUGUGGUCAUCAGGGUUGCACACCUGGAGACACAGAUAGGUGGCAGUGAUUUUGAUCUUGUUAAGUUAAAUGGUGAGCCAGUGGUCCUUCCAUAUGUCCACCCACUGGAACCUCUUACAGUGUAUCGUGCUUCUGGCAAUGCUACCGUAGUGGAGUGGACCAGCCUGAUCCGAGCCCGUUACACUCGCCAGGGCUUCCUCAAUAUCACUCUAUCAACCCUCUUCUAUAACUACACUUGUGGCCUCUGUGGUUUCUUUAAUGGAGACCCCAUCGACGACUUCCGCCUCCCAAGUGGCAGGCAGGCAGACACAGCAGAACAGUUCAUCGAGGGCUGGCGAGCUAUCGCAGAUGACCUGACGUGCAAUGGCGACUGUGACGACCUGUACCGCAUGUGCACAGAUCUGCGGCUGUACCAGAGCCCUUGGCUGUGUGGCAAUAUCAACGACCUAGGGAACAGCUCAUUCCUGGCCUGCCACUCGGCCGUCAACCCCUCACCCUUCUUCCGGAACUGCCUGUAUAACAUGUGUGUGAAGCAGGGCAACCGCUCAGCCCUGUGCUCCUCCCUGCAGGCCUAUGCUUCAGCAUGUCAGGAUGCUCAGGUCAAUCUGGGGCCAUGGAGGAGUGCCACCAACUGUCCGCUGCCCUGCACAGAGAACAGCCACUUUGAUGAGUGCACCACUGCAUGCCCCCUCACCUGCGAGAACUUGGACAAGCCCGAGGAGCCGUGCCUGUUCCCCUGCUCAGAAGGCUGCCAGUGUGAAGAGGGCUUCGCCCUCCGUGAUGGACUGUGCGUGGCCCGCAGUGACUGUGGCUGUUUCUACCUGGGCCGACAGCUGGCCACCAAUGAGACUUUCUGGACUGAUUGGGAAUGCCAGGAGCGCUGCUUCUGCAAUGGCACUGAUAACAGUGUCUACUGCAACUUCUCGCCAUGCCAGCCUGAGGAAUACUGCCAAGAGAAUGAGGGGUUGUUCUUCUGCCAACCUCGGACUGAGGCCAUGUGUGUGGUGGCUGGAUAUGGGCACUUCUUGCCCUUUGGAGGCAUCCCAUUUGACCUUCAGAGCAGCUGCACCCUUCACUUGGUCACUACAGAGUGUGAGGGGCUGGAAGAUGAUGCGAAUGGAGAUGGAGGGCUGGAUGGAGGGUUCAGUGCCGAGAUGGGACCAGGAGACCUGCCUCAGUUCCAGCUCUCAGCCCGCAACGAGGAGAGAGACACAGGGCAGGCCAUCUGGGUGCGAGGCUUUGUGCUGGAGGUGUAUGGAUAUGAGAUCGAGGUGUCAAGAAGCUUCAAGCAUACAGUAACGGUGAAUAAAGAGCGUUUGUACCUGCCUCUGAAAUUGGGCCCAGCAAAAGUCAACAUAUACACUCUUGGCAUACAGUUACUGGUGGAGACUGACUUUGGACUGAAGGUGGCAUUUGACUGGAACACCCUACUUCUGCUUUUUCUGCCCCGGAGUCUCUUUAAUGCCACCUGUGGGCUGUGCCAAGGAAUGCCCAUCUCUGGCCCCACCCUCAGUGUCAGUGACUGGGCCAUGACAUGGGCGGAGCGUGACACCUUCUGUCAGGUGGGCUGCGGUGACUCCUGCCCUCGUUGUGGAUUGGUCGAAAGAGGUCUGGCAGCCGAUGUGCCCGCUCCUGUGCAGACAAUUGAUGCUGUCAGCAGCAGUGAUGUCGAUAGUGCUAACCCAGGCAACCGAUUCCACCUGGCUGAGGGCUUGUAUGUUUAUGUUGAACCAGAAGCGGUUAGACUAUGUGGACUUAUUAUUGAUCGUGGAGGUGUAUUUGCACGGUGCCACAGCAAGGUGGCACCAGCAUACUUUUACCAGAGCUGCCUGCAGGACACGUGCAUGGACCAGGGCGCACGAGAGACCAUCUGUAAUUGGCUGCAGAUCUAUACCAGUACCUGUCAGACACAGGGAGUGGCUGUGAUUGGCUGGAGGAGCUCUACACCAUGUGUGCUGCCAUGCCCCAUGAACAGCCACUAUUCCAGCUGCAUCAUGCCAUGCCAGCCCCAGUGUGCCCCAGUGCGUGGCCAGCGUGACUGUAACCAGCACUGCAUGGAGGGCUGCCAGUGCGACCAGGGCUAUGUGCUCAACGGCAAGGGCUGUAUCCUCAACCAGAACUGUGGCUGCUACAGUGAUGGCAAGUACUACGAGCCCAAGCAGCUAUUCUGGACUAGUGACUGUACCAAGCGCUGCCAGUGUAUCGGCCGUAACCUGGUGCAGUGCAACCCCCGGCGCUGCAAGGCAGAUGAGGAUUGCGCUCUCCGCCAUGGCGUGCGUGGCUGCUUCGCCCGCCGUGGCCAGCACUGCGUGGCGUCCGGUGGCGGUGUCUUCCGCACAUUCGAUGGCGCCUCGCUGCGCCUGCCCGCCUCCUGCUCCUUCGUGCUCUCCACCAUCUGCCACAAGCUGCCCGAGCUCUCCUUCCAGCUCAUCGCCAACUUUGACAAGUGGAGCACACCCAACCUCACCACCAUCUCGCACGCCUACCUCUACAUCAAUGAGGAGAACAUCCUCAUCUCUGGCAACACCGUCAAGGUAAAUGGGACGCCUGUAUCUGUGCCCUUCGUGACCGGUCUGAUGACCAGAGUCUCCACAUCUGAAGGCUUCCUGGUGAUCGAUACACCACAGGACAUCCAGGUUCGGUACAAUCGCUUCAACACGCUUAGUAUCACCAUGGGACCACGGCUGCAGAACAAGGUGUGCGGUCUAUGUGGGAACUUCAACGGGGAUCCCACUGAUGAUUACAUAACUUCUCGUGGCAAGCCGGCCAUGAGUGCCCUGGAGCUCGCCCAGAGCUGGAAAACCAAUGGAAUGCAGAAUAGCUGUGAUGAGACUCAGUAUGUGGCCCUGGCCCAGUCAUGCGACAACACGGCAGUACUGGACCUCCAGGGGGAGGACAGCUGUUUGAAGCUCACCCACCUGAAGGGCUUCUUCCAGCCCUGCCACGGUCUGCUAGAUCCACACCCCUUCUACCAGUCCUGCUACCUGGACGGCUGCUACAACCACCGCAGGGCCCAGGUGUGCGGCUCCAUGGCUGCCUAUGCAGAGGCCUGCCGGUCCUUCGGCACGCUUACCACCAAGUGGAUCGCCCAGGAGAACUGCUCAGAAUGGAUCUAUGACCCCUGUGCAGGAGAGAUCUGCACGAACAACACAUGUGAGCAGGAGAACGGAGGAGACCUAUGUGGCUGCCCCGAGCUACCCAGCACUGAAAUCAGUGAAGACGACAUCAUCCAGGCAGAGGUGACGUGUAAGCACGCCCAGAUGGAGGUGUCCAUCUCCAAGUGUCGCCUUUUCCAGCUGGGCUUCGAGCGCGAGGACGUGCGCAUCAACGACCAGCGCUGUGCCGGCAUCGAGGGCGAGGACUUCAUCUCCUUCCACAUCAACAACACCAAAGGCCACUGCGGCUCCAUUGUGCAGUCGAAUGGAACACACAUCAUGUACAAGAACACGGUGUGGAUUGAGAGUGUGAACAACACAGGCAAUGUGGUGACACGUGAUAAGACCAUCAACGUGGAGUUCUCCUGUGCCUAUGAGCUAGACAUUAAGAUCUCCCUGGAGACAGUACUUAAGCCCAUGCUGAGUGUAAUAAACCUGACCUUGCCAACCCAGGAGGGCAACUUCAUUACCAAGAUGGCUCUGUAUAAGAACGCAUCAUACCGGCAGCCGUACCGUGAGGGCGAGGUUGUGCUGAGCACACGGGAUGUGCUCUUUGUGGGCGUGUUUGUGGAGGGCGCUGAUGACAGCCAGCUCAUCCUCAUAGUGAACAUGUGCUGGGCCACACCAUCCCGAUACAGCAGUGACCGCCUCCGCUACAUCAUCAUAGAAAGAGGCUGUCCCAACAUCAAGGACAACACCAUCGGCAUGGCAGAGAACGGCGUCUCCCUCACCUGCCGUUUCCACGUCACUGUGUUCAAGUUCAUCGGGGACUAUGACGAGGUGCACCUGCACUGUGACGUCUCGCUGUGCGACUCCGAGACCAAUGCGUGCAAAGUGAACUGUCCACACAACAGAAGGAUCUACUCUGACUACAGUCAGCACAAAGAGCACAUACUGUCUGUGGGACCAAUCAGAAGACGAGAGUCAGACUGGUGUGAAGAAGAUAAUGGUGGCUGUGAGCAAAUCUGCACCAGUCAGGUGACAGGACCUGUGUGUAGCUGUGUGACUGGAAUGCUGCAGAGAGACGGGAAGAGCUGCCGUGCUACCAGUUCAAGCCACAGUCUGCGUCCUCUUGUUCCCCUGGUUGCCGUCGGCGUCGGCGUCACACUCCUGAUACAUACACGCGUCUCUGUGCUCUUUUCCUAACACUCACUGAACCACGGCCACGCGGAGGAGAUGGGAGAGGCGGCAACAAAUACAUUUUAAAAUACGAGGGAGGUAAAGAGACAGUGACAGAGAGAGAAGAGGAGUGUAUUCAAUCACCGCACACUGCAGUCCAAAGAAGGGAUACCCAUCCCAGCAAUUUCCGCCGUCUGCAGAGCACUACGAUCGAACACCCCGACGCGUGGGAGUCUGCAUGGAUGCAGUCACAAAAAGAAAGACCGAAAAACGAGAUUUCAUCCUACAGUUUGUAAAAUAGGUCCACCUUUGAGACGAUCGUCCCAAAGAACCUUGCGGUUAACAGUGGCAUGUGGUCAGUUACUUCACAUGGGAACAUGCGCAGCCAAAAAACAGUCAACCUGACAUAUUAGCAAUAGAAAACCAGCUACCGAAUAUCAUACAUCUUAAUAAGAGAAUAAGAGACUAGCGACUUCAGUUUAGUAGUUUAUGAACAUUCUGUUAAACUCCAUGUUGUGGAAGGUCAUAUUAUGAUGGGUGGUUAAAAAUUAUCAGUGCCAGCAAUUAUGUGUAAUUCAUUGUGUUUUUUAAAUUGCUCCCUACUCUAAUAUUCACUUUGCCUUUUUGAUGAUUAUUUAACUUCCCUCUUCCCAACAAUGAAGUAUUGUUCAGAUUAAUCUUGGUUCUACAUUGAAUAUAUGAUGUAUUUGGUGUGUUUUAAGUAUUUGGAAAUGCCACUGAUGAGUGACAGAUGGAUGAAAGAUUUCUGUAGACUACCUUUUGCAGACUACUAUUUCAGAAUCCUCAAAUCCUCACGCCCCAUAAACACAAGGAAAUACAAAAUCAACACAGGUAUUUUGGAUGUUCUCAAGCAGCCUGUUUUACAUGGUUAGUAAUUAAACUUGUAUUGCCCAUCUUUUUAAGUGAAGGUGAUUCUAUUAAAUGCACUGUAUGUAAUACCCAGUAGUUUGGAAAUAUGACAAUUUACCGGGAUGCAGGAAUGAGUGAAUAAUUUAAAUGGAUAUGCAAUUUAGCAUUGACAUAUCAGAAGACCUGACCUGAUGAUGUGGAACUACAAAGGGAAUGCUUGUAACCAGAUGCAUGGACACUGUACAAAGUAUAGGUCUCCUGUACAAUGGUAACGGUAACUUACAUGCCAGAUUAAUGAUUAAUAACGAAAAGAGAAGCGUCUAUACCAUCCUUUAACGAGGAUGUCUUAGGCUACUGUAGAAUUUUUUUA